AUGAUAAUUUAUGCAACAGAAGUACAAACAAUAAAUUCUUUUCUUAGAUUGGAAUCUUUAAAAGAGGUCUAUGGACUCAUAUGGAUAUUUGUCCCUAUAUUUUCUCUUGUAUUGGGAAUCAUAACUGGUGUACUAGUAAUUGUGUGGUUAGAAAGAGAAAUAUCUGCAGGGAUACAACAACGUAUUGGACCUGAAUACGCCGGCCCGUUAGGAAUUCUUCAAGCUUUAGCCGACGGGACAAAACUACUUUUCAAAGAAGAUCUUCGUCCAUCUAGAGGAAAUACUCCUUUAUUUAGUAUUGGACCAUCUAUAGCAGUUAUCUCUAUUUUACUAAGUUAUUCAGUAAUUCCUUUUAGCAAUCACCUUGUUUUAGCGGAUCUCAAUAUCGGUAUUUUUUUAUGGAUUGCCAUCUCAAGUGUUGCUCCGAUCGGACUUCUUAUGUCAGGAUAUGGAUCAAAUAAUAAAUAUUUUUUAGGUGGUCUGCGAGCUGCUGCUCAAGCGAUUAGUUAUGAAAUACCAUUAACUCUAUGUGUUUUAUCAAUAUCUCUACUAUCUAACAGUUUAAGUACAGUUGAUAUAGUUGAGGCACAAUCAAAAUAUGGUUUUUGGGGAUGGAAUUUGUGGCGUCAACCUAUAGGUUUUAUCAUUUUUCUAAUUUCUUCCCUAGCAGAAUGCGAGAGGUUACCUUUUGAUUUACCAGAAGCGGAAGAAGAAUUAAUAGCAGGUUAUCAAACUGAAUAUUCCGGUAUCAAAUUUGGUUUAUUUUAUGUUGCUUCUUAUCUAAAUCUAUUAAUUUCCUCAUUAUUUGUAACAGUUCUAUACUUAGGCGGUUGGAAUAUUUCUAUUCCGUAUAUAUCUAUGCUGGAGCUAUUUGAAAAGGAUCAAAUUUUGGAACAACAAUUGGUAUCUUUAUUACAUUAGCUAAAACUUAUUUGUUCUUGUUCAUUUCUAUCGCAACCAGAUGGACUUUACCUAGGCUAAGAUGGAUCAACUAUUAAAUCUUGGAUGGAAAUUUCUUUUACCGAUUUCCCUUGGUAAUCUAUUAUUAACAACUUCUUUCCAACUCUUUUCACUCUAAAUUGAAAAUCAAUCCAAGAUAUUCAUUACUUGUUUUAAACAAGAGAAAGAAACAAAGAUCAAAUUAUUCAUAGAUAAUUACAAUAUGCUUCCUAUGAUAACCGGGUUCAUGAAUUAUGGUCAACAAACCCUACGAGCUGCAAGGUAUAUUGGUCAGGGUUUCAUGAUUACCUUAUCCCACACAAAAUCGUUUACCUGUAACUAUUCAAUAUCCCUAUGAAAAAUUAAUAACAUCAGAACGUUUCCGCGGUCGAAUCCAUUUCGAAUUUGAUAAAUGCAUUGCUUGUGAAGUAUGUGUUCGAGUAUGUCCUAUAGAUCUGCCGGUUGUUGAUUGGAAAUUGGAAACUAAUAUUCGAAAAAAACGAUUGCUUAAUUACAGUAUUGAUUUUGGAAUUUGUAUAUUUUGUGGUAAUUGUGUUGAGUAUUGUCCAACAAAUUGUUUGUCAAUGACUGAAGAAUAUGAGUUUUCAACUUAUGAUCGUCACGAGUUGAAUUAUAAUCAAAUCGCUUUGGGGCGUUUACCAAUGUCAGUAAUUGACGAUUAUACUAUUCGAACAAUUUGAAUUCACCUC